AGCACCCCUGGUUUACACACUCAAGAGUCGGCCUCUGGUGCUAAUCUGAGCUGCCGCCAUGUGCGACGACGAGGAGACUACAGCCCUGGUGUGUGAUAACGGCUCUGGCCUGGUGAAGGCUGGAUUCGCCGGCGAUGAUGCACCACGCGCAGUGUUCCCUUCCAUCGUUGGUCGCCCACGUCACCAGGGCGUCAUGGUUGGUAUGGGUCAGAAGGACUCCUACGUCGGGGACGAGGCCCAGAGCAAAAGAGGUAUUCUGACACUAAAGUACCCCAUCGAGCACGGCAUCAUCACCAACUGGGACGACAUGGAGAAAAUCUGGCACCACAGCUUUUACAACGAGCUACGGGUGGCCCCAGAGGAGCACCCCACUCUAUUGACAGAGGCCCCCCUCAACCCAAAGGCCAACAGAGAGAAGAUGACACAGAUCAUGUUCGAAACUUUCAAUGUCCCCGCAAUGUACGUGGCCAUCCAGGCAGUGCUGUCCUUGUACGCUUCUGGACGUACCACGGGUAUUGUCCUUGACUCCGGUGACGGUGUGACCCACAACGUUCCUAUCUAUGAAGGGUACGCUCUUCCCCACGCCAUCAUGCGCCUGGAUUUGGCCGGUCGUGACCUCACAGAUUACCUCAUGAAAAUCCUGACCGAGCGUGGCUAUUCUUUUGUCACAACUGCUGAACGCGAGAUAGUUCGUGACAUCAAGGAGAAGCUGUGCUACGUCGCUCUGGACUUUGAGAAUGAGAUGGCCACCGCCGCUUCUUCCUCUUCUCUAGAGAAGAGCUAUGAGUUGCCCGACGGCCAGGUCAUCACAAUCGGCAAUGAGCGUUUCCGCUGCCCAGAGACCCUCUUCCAGCCCUCAUUCAUUGGAAUGGAAUCCGCUGGCAUUCACGAAACCACGUACAACAGCAUAAUGAAGUGCGACAUUGACAUCCGUAAAGACCUGUACGCUAACAACGUUAUGUCAGGCGGCACCACCAUGUAUCCGGGUAUUGCUGACCGCAUGCAGAAGGAAAUCACCGCUCUCGCCCCAAGCACCAUGAAGAUUAAGAUUAUCGCCCCCCCUGAGAGGAAAUACUCUGUGUGGAUCGGCGGCUCCAUCCUCGCCUCUCUGUCCACCUUCCAGCAGAUGUGGAUCAGCAAGCAGGAGUACGAUGAGGCUGGACCCUCCAUUGUCCACAGGAAGUGCUUUUAAGAGUCCAGCUGCCCACCUCCUCAUUGCACUCACCCUUUAUUACCUCUUCCAGUCUGUGUCGAAACAACCGAAAUGAUGACUAAAAGCAGCAGUUCAUGUGUUGCUGUUAAAUUCUUUGUUUACACAAGUGCAAUUUUUUGUGAAGAUGUAUACGUUUAUAAAUAAACAAGCAGCCUACAUUA